UCGAAAAGUAACUUCUCUUAUUCGUACUCAUGUUAAAUAUCUAAGGCUACUUACUAGGUAUCGGCAGGUAUUUAGGUAGUUGCCCAUAUUCGAGUUCAUUCAAUACAGGUCAAUACAAUUCCAACCCGUGACUACGCUAUUUUCAGCGUCACUUAAUAAAGGUUACCUACAUAUCACGGAUGAACUCCUGAUCGACCUGGCCUCGGCCGGAAACUACUCCGAAAAUCGGCACCUCGGCUAAGCUACCCACCUUCGAACAUCUACCCCAAAACAGUCAGUACAGCACACACGCACCAUAAGAAGAGACAGUAUAAUCAUUCUCUACAGUUAGUUAAACGCAUAUAGAAUAGGAAACCUUUCAAUACCCAACACCAUCCCCGGGCGCACACAAUUCAGCCACCAUGUCACCACCGCCCCCUAGCGUCCUCCUAAUCGGGACCCUCGCCCACACGACCGCGGAAUGGGAGGCCCUCAGCAGCAAAUACACGCUCCUCAGCUUCCGCUCGGGGGCGCGCGCGCAGUUCCUCGCGAACUGCCGGGACGGCACGUACGCGGGCGUGCGCGGGUGCUACCGAUCGAACGUCUCGACGGCGCUCACGGGGCCCUUCGACAAGGAGCUCGUGGACGCGCUGCCGGAGUCCUGGAAGUACGUCGCGCACAACGGGGCGGGUUACGACAACAUCGACGUCGCGGCGUGCAGCGCGCGCCGCAUCGCCGUCUCGUCGACGCCGGUGGCGGUCGACGACGCUACCGCUGACGUCGGUAUCUUGCUUUUGCUGGGCGCGCUGCGCCAGGCGCAUGAGCCGCUCGUUGCGCUGCGCGAGGGAAGGUGGAAGGGAAAGUUGCGGCUAGGACAUGAUCCCCGAGGGAAGGUUCUGGGGAUCCUGGGGAUGGGCGGUAUAGGCCGGGCGAUGGCGCAUCGGGCGCGGAGUUUUGGCAUGAAGAUCAUCUACCACAAUCGCCGGCGAUUGGAUCCGGAGCUGGAGAAGGGCGCGGAGUACGUCUCGUUUGAGGAGUUGCUCGCCCGGUCGGAUGUGUUGUCGCUGAAUUUGGCGUUGAAUGCGAACACGCGACACAUCAUUGCUGCGCCGGAGCUGGCGAAGAUGAAAAAGGGUGUCGUGGUGGUGAAUACGGCGCGUGGCGCUCUUAUCAAUGAAGCGGAUCUCGUGGCUGCUCUUGAGUCCGGUCAGGUCUCUGCGGUGGGCUUGGACGUGUUUGAGAAUGAGCCGGAGGUCCACCCAGGCCUUGUGAAGAGUGACCGAGCUUUCUUGCUACCCCAUCUCGGAACGAGCACCAUUGAGACACAGCGGGAUAUGGAGUUACUUGUGCUGAAGAACUUGCAAGCGGCGAUUGAUCAGGGGAAGAUGUUAACUUUGGUGGGUGAACAGAAAGGAUUAGAUUGGGCUCCUGAGGAGGCAGAUUUAUGACGGUUUCCCAGGUCCCGGUCGGCCAGAUCGGUACUGUAGGGAGACAUUCGCACGAAAUUAUAGAGACUCAUAGAUACAGAAUACCUCAGAAACGACUACUAAUAGAGCUCAUAGUCAGGUACACAUGCCUAAUCAUCGAUCUAUCCUUACAGUCUAGACCAUGAAGAUCACAUAUGUUGCCGAGACAUCGGAUCCUGUUUCUAUGCUAAGAAUUCGGCUGUGUUCCAAGCUUAACUUUUCCAGGCAAAGAAUUGAGGAUUAUCAUACGGAGAGCCUAUCGGGAUCGCACUAAGCUCCAAUUACUUCCCUCACGUCCGAAGAGGCCUUAUCAGUUCCCCUCACCCGUUCCUAUUCGUUGGCUUAGUGAUGACAGGCCUA